AUGACCUUGUCAACUACCCCAGCUCCCAGCUCUGCGCAGGCGCAUAUGGGAAGCGCAUCAUCACUCAAUAAAGAUUCAAUCCCGCAAUCACGAGAAAUGGGCGAUGUCAUCCCAAACCGGACACCACCGGCUCGUGAAGAAAAGCCCGAUGCAAAGCCAUUCACACACUUUAUUGCUGGAGGGUUAGGAGGCAUGACUGCUGCAACUCUUACUUCGCCGCUCGAUGUCUUGAAGACGCGCCUACAAUCCGAUUUCUAUCAGGCACAACUCCAGGCCCUGCGCGCUGCCAAACCCGCGCCCAAACCGUCAUCUAUAACCUUGGUAUCCUGGACCCGGACGGCGGGCAUGCAUUUCAGUGAAACCUUCCAGAUCCUCCGCUCUAUACACGUCCACGAAGGAUGGCGUGCACUGUUCAAGGGACUGGGACCGAACCUGAUAGGCGUGGUACCAGCACGCGCUAUCAACUUCUACGUAUAUGGAAACGGAAAACGCAUACUGAGCGAAUACUUCAACUAUCGGACUGCCGAGCAGACUCCUAUGGGCAUCCACCUCGCGGCAGCCGCGAUUGCCGGCAUCGCCACGGGCACCGCGACCAACCCGAUCUGGCUGGUCAAAACACGGCUGCAACUGGAUAAGUCCAAUGCGGAACAUGGGAAGAGUCGCCAGUAUCGGAACAGUUUCGACUGUGUGAAACAGACUGUGCGCCAUGAAGGCAUCAAGGGUCUCUACCGUGGCCUAUCCGCUUCCUACCUUGGUGUGACAGAAUCCUCGCUGCAGUGGGUGAUGUACGAGCAAAUGAAAAUGUACCUCGCCCGCCGUGAUUCCCUGAAGAAAUCAGAUCCUGGAUAUGACUACACCUCGUGGGACUCUGCAGAGCUGUGGGGUGGUCGUAUCAGUGCUGCUGGUUUGGCCAAGCUGAUCGCUGCUGCGAUCACUUACCCCCAUGAGGUCGUGCGGACACGGUUACGUCAGGCACCGACCGUCUCAGUGGGAAAUGGCAAGGUUGAAAUGAAGUACACUGGCUUGGCUCAGUGCUUCAAGACCGUUUGGAAAGAGGAGGGUAUGGUGGCCAUGUACGGUGGCUUGACACCGCACUUGCUUCGUGUCGUGCCCUCCGCUGCGAUUAUGUUCGGAAUGUACGAGGUCAUUUUGCGAAUGUUUGGCACGACAUCAUAA